GGGACGCGCGGCCGGCGGCGGUUGGCGAGAGCAGAACUCGAGCCCGGGCAGCCAGAGCCGGCGCCAUGGUGGAGAAGGAGGAGGCUGGCGGCGGCAUCAGCGAGGAGGAGGCGGCGCAGUAUGACCGGCAGAUCCGUCUCUGGGGAUUGGAGGCCCAGAAACGGCUGCGGGCCUCCCGGGUGCUUCUUGUCGGCAUGAAAGGGCUCGGGGCUGAAAUUGCCAAGAAUCUCAUCCUGGCAGGAGUGAAAGGACUGACCAUGUUGGAUCACGAACAGGUAUCUCCAGAAGACCCUGGAGCUCAGUUCCUCAUCCGCACUGGGUCUGUUGGCCGAAACAGGGCUGAAGCCUCUUUGGAGCGAGCCCAGAAUCUCAACCCCAUGGUGGAUGUGAAGGUGGACACUGAGAAUAUAGAAAAGAAACCCGAGUCGUUUUUCACUCAGUUCGAUGCUGUAUGUCUGACUUGCUGCUCCAGGGAUGUCAUAGUUAAAGUUGACCAGAUCUGUCACAAAAAUAGCAUCAAGUUCUUUACAGGAGAUGUUUUUGGCUACCACGGAUACACAUUUGCCAAUCUUGGAGAGCAUGAAUUUGUAGAGGAGAAAACCAAAGUUGCCAAAGUUAGCCAAGGAGUAGAAGAUGGACCUGAUACCAAGAGAGCAAGACUGGACUCGUCUGAAACAACUAUGGUCAAAAAGAAGGUGGUCUUCUGCUCCGUUAAAGAAGCACUGGAAGUGGACUGGAGCAGUGACAAAGCAAAGGCUGCCCUGAAGCGCACAACUUCCGAUUACUUUCUCCUUCAAGUGCUCCUAAAGUUCCGCACGGAUAAGGGAAGAGACCCAAGUUGCGAUACCUUUGGGGAAGAUUCUGAGCUGUUGCUCCAGAUUCGAAAUGAUGUGCUUGACUCCCUGGGUGUUAAUCCUGACCUGCUUCCUGAAGACUUUGUCAGGUACUGCUUCUCUGAGAUGGCCCCAGUGUGUGCAGUGGUUGGCGGGAUCUUGGCCCAGGAAAUUGUGAAGGCCCUGUCUCAAAGGGACCCACCUCACAACAACUUCUUCUUUUUUGAUGGUAUGAAGGGAAAUGGGAUUGUGGAGUGCCUCGGCCCCAAGUGAACCCACGACCUGGCAGCCCCAGAGAUGCUGACCCCCAGUGUGCCCGCAUGUGUUCCCCACGCCCUUCCUCCCACUGAGGCAUCUCUAGGCAAGAGGAGAGUGAAGUCAUUGGACCAAUGCAAACUAUUUCCCGCGUGCGAUGAGGUUGUGCAGAUGUGCUCCUUGCGGACACCAGCAGCUGCUGCACAUUAAAGGGCGGAGGGACUGGCUGUCUCCAUCCAGUACUGCGCAGGACUGUUUGCAAGCUCCCCUGAGUGGCCAUCACCUGAAAGCACCCUCUGACACCUCUUUGUCCUGGUGCUGUCACGGUCACCAGGCCUCUGGGGUACAGCUAGAGAUGCCUGCCAGGAACCAACACGCCUGGUUGCUUAGUAGCCUCUCGCUACCUUCUUGGACUUAUUCCUCGCCUGAUGUCACGUAGCAAGGAGCAUGACCUCAGGGGGGGAGUAAGGCCCAGGCCCGAUGAAACACUAGUGGAACUGCAGUUCCAAAUGCAGACAGGUGCCCUGAGAGGAAAAAACAUGGCAGGCGGGAUGUAUUUCCUCCAAAGUUUGAAAUCCUGAAAAACAACAGGUGGCAUCUGGUGCGCUGUUCCUGAGUUUUAGUUGAGGAUUAGUGAUUCCAGCCUGGGCUGUGGAACAGAGGAAAUGGUACCAGGUCCUUUUGGGCAUUAGGGCAAGACCUUGCAAGUUGAAUAUUAGUAGGAAAAUUUGUAUUAAAAGGCAGGUGCCAGGGCCCUAUCCCCUGGGGAUUCUGCUCUGGGGCCGCGCAGGGAGAGAUGAGCCUGUCGUCUCUGCAAACCCCAGCUCUGAUGUGGCGCUGGAGACUGUUUCAUUUAAGGGCUGUGUUGGUCCUUCAUUUACCCCUGAAUGGCAGCUGUUUGUGUUUUUUUAUAUUUUCUAGAUUCCCAUGGUUCUUUAAACAGGAAUUAUAGAAAUAAAGUUAUCUGCUUUAGGA